UUCGGCUGGGUGUUGCUGCUGCUCCCGGCGCGGAAUGGAGGGGACGGCAGUGGCCGUCUUCGAGAUUUUGAGAUACUUAAUAAUUCACUGGAAGUGUGAAAUAGGAGUAUCAAAGGGAGCGUUGCUAGAAGAACAGCUAGUGAUUUCCAUAGAAGCGUUACAUUCUAAGCACAAGGCAAAUGCUCUUCACUGUGUAACAACUAUUGCUCCUAUAGGAAGCCUUUACAGUGGUUUUGUUUUCAAGAAGUUUCUAAAAGAAAUACAGUCCGUACUGCCCAGAUUCUCUGCAAAGCUGAGCGGGAUUCCCGAGGACAGCAGCUGCUCCCAGCUCAUGUCAGCAGUAACACCCUUCCAGAUGAUUUUUGAGGUUGAUGAAAAGCCCAGAACUUUGAUGACAGACUGUUUGGUUAUAAAGCAUUUUUUACAUAAAAUCACCAUGGUGCACCCUAAGAUCAGAUUUAAUUUCAGUCUAAAGGUAAAUGGAAUCCUCUCCAAGGAGAUCUUUGGGGUAGAGAAUGAACCCACAUUGAACCUGUGGAAUGGAAUUGCUCUUGUCGUAAACUCACAGCAUUAUGUGAGUAGACCAAAAUUUGGUACAACUGAAUCAUACUGUAGCAGAAUUCACCCUGUGCUAGGACACCCAGUAACGCUUUCCAUCCCUGAUGACAUGAUUGGCGUGGACUUGUCAGGAGAGCUAACACUGACGCCAGCUGCUGCUCUCUGCCCUACCCUGAAGGACUUUUCCAACCAGUUGAACAGGAUUUCUUCAGUUUCCAUAUUUCUGUAUGGACCUUUGGGUCUGCCUCUGAUGUCAAGUCCAGAGCAGCCAAUUACUACUGUCUUCAAAGAUACCUCUUAUUUCAUUGACUGGAAAAAAUACCACUUGCAUGUGGUGCCCACUUUGGAUCUCAAUUUGGAUAGAGAUUUGGUGCUUCCAGAUAUGAGUUAUCAGGUAGAAUCCAGUGAGGGGGCUCAGUCCCAGAACGCGGACACUCAGGGACACACUCUGCUGCUUUUUCUCUUUGUGGAUUUCCACAGUGGGUUUCCAGCCCAGCAAAUGGAACUGUGGGGUGUUCAUACUCUGCUCACAACUCAUCUCGGCUCCAUCCUUGCAGAGAGCCACAGUGUAGUACAAGAUGCCAUCCAGUUCACUGUGGACCAGGUCUUGGAGCAGCAUCACCAGGCUGCCAAGGCUCAUCAGAAACUGCAGGCCUCACUCUGGGUGGCUGUGAAUUCCAUUGUGAGUGUGGUGACCGGAAGCACAUGCAGCAGCUUCCGAGCAGUGUGUCUCCAGGCCCUUCAGGCAGCUGACACACAGGAGUUUGGGACCAAACUGCACAAAGCAUUUCAGGAGACUACACAGCACCCGUUUCUUUACCACUGCUCGUGUGAGAUGAAGCAGCAGACCCCAGAGAAAAAGGAUUCAGCCCAAAGCACUGAGGACGCAUAUGAAGAAGGCAACCCGGCACCACGUGCUGAGACCUGUUGGCCGGAGGAAAACAAGAGGCUCAAGAGCGGCCGCCUCCACCGGGUCGUUGAGACGACGCACGCUCCCCACUCCUCCAGGGCUCCGCGCCGCCCAGAGCCCCCCACGGCCUCCCUCAGCCCUAGCGGAGAAAAGGCCCACAGCAAGGCCCCGGCGCCAAGCAGGGCGAGCCCCGGGAACCGCCUGCAGGACGCGCUGUGGCUGCAGGAGGUCUCCAACCUGUCCGAGUGGCUGAGUCCUAGCCCCAGGCCCUGAGCCGAGCCCCGUCCCGAGUACCCUCCGACUUGGAGGCCACAGGCGGCCGCUGUAGCCCCAGAUUUAAUAAAGCUGUU